CUCUUGAUUUUUUUUGUUUUUGUUAUCAAUAUCUCUUCCUCUCUCUUAUUCCCAAAGCCAAAUCAAAAUUCACAUGUUUUAGAAAUAAACUUGUUCUGAUUUAUUUCAUCAUCGGCAUCUGAAAAAUACGACGUGACUUGUAUCUUUACUUCUCGUUUGUUCAUCCUUUGUAAUACCUAAAAUGGGUGCAAUUCUAAAUGCUUUGUUUGCCGUCACUAUCAUUUUCUUCACAAUCUCAUCACCCACACAUGGGUACGAUCCUUUGGAUCCGUUUGGUAAAAUUAUCAUCAAAUGGGAUCUUCUUCAAUCCUUACCUGGCCAUCACACAGUACAAGUAACAAUAGAGAACAAGCAAGAGUACCGGCACGUGGAGAAGCCAGGUUGGAAGCUGAGUUGGCAUUGGGAAAACAAAGAAGUGAUAUGGGGCAUGACCGGAGCUGAGACGACGGAGCAAGGCAAUUGCUCAGCCUUCGCCGCCAGCGACAACCUCCCUCACUGCUGUCUCCGGCGACCAACCAUCGUCGACCUUCUUCCCGGAGCUCCUUACAACAUGCAAGUCUCCAAUUGCUGCCGUGGAGGCGUCUUGACAUCAAUGUCUCAGGACAGCAUAAACCAUGUCUCUGCUUUCCACAUGACCAUUGGAAGCUUCCCUGAUGAAGACACUGGAGAGUUCAUUAUGCCUUAUGAUUUCGAUAUAGGAGUCCCUGGUUAUACCUGCGACAAUGCAACAUCUGUGACCCCUACUAAGUUCAGUACCAACAAGGGUCGUCACAAAACGCAAGCUCUAGCAACAUGGGAGGCAGUGUGCGUGUACUCGCAGUUUAGGUCAUCACAAUCACCAAAAUGCUGCGUUUCACUCUCUGCAUUUUACAACCAAACAAUAGUUCCUUGCCCUGUGUGUAGCUGCGGCUGCUCUAGUUCCCAUUGCGUCAAGCCUGGUGAGACGCCGCCAUAUCUUGAACAGAAACAUGAUCCAGAUGAGGAAGUAUCACCUGUGGUGCAGUGUACGAAGCAUAUGUGCCCCAUCCACAUCCACUGGCAUGUAAAAGUGAACUAUAGAGAGUAUUGGAGGGUUAAGAUCACAGCAACGAAUUACAACACAAUGAAGAAUUACUCUGACUGGAACUUAGUGGUGCUUCAUCCAAACUUGAAAAGCGUCCAACAAGUCUUCAGCUUUAACUACAAAUCCUUAACACCUUAUCACGACGGCAUCAAUGAUACAGGGAUAUUUUGGGGAGUGAAGUUUUACAACGAUGUUCUGCUUCAAGCAGGAGAGAUUGGAAAUGUGCAAACAGAGUUAUUGCUAAAGAAAGAUAUGGGAAAUUUCACUUUUAGAGAAGGUUGGGCUUUUCCAAGGAGGAUCUUGUUCAAUGGUGAUGAAUGUGUUAUGCCUUCUCCUGAUGACUAUCCGAGGCUGCCGAGUUCUGCUUCUUCUUCUUCUUCUUUUUCAUCUUCUGUUGUUAGCUUUGAUACAAUCCUUUUCUGUUUUCUCCUUCUUCUUCUACUCGCUUGAUGAAA